GCGCUACCUAUAAAUCAAGAAGAAUAUGGUAAUUGAGUUAAGUGGGAUGUUUGAUGCUGGUUAUUCUGGUUCACAACAACCUCGUUCAUCAUCUUAUCUGUUAUCAUCAACGACAUCAUCAACCUCAACGUUCAUUACACCCAACAUACAUGAUUCUUCACCUUCGAUAGCUGAUCAAACUAAUGCAACUGGUAUUACCUCCACUUCUGUUACUACAACCAUUACUACUACUACUACUACUACUACGUCGAACACAUCUACGUCUAGGAAAUCAACUUAUACACUCGGAAAAGAAAUUGAAAUUGAAUUAGAAUGGUGCUCCAUAUAAAAAGCAAACACUCAAUUUAUGUCGAAUGAUGAUUGAACAUUGUAAAGAAAUUGAAGCGAAUAAUUCCAAACGAUGCAGAGAACUUUUAGAGGUGGCAUUAUCGUAACAGAUGAAAAUGAUGAUGAUGGUGUUGUUCCUGUUGACGUAGAUGUACCACUAAAUGAAACUGACGAUCAUUGCAUAAGAGAAGCAGAUAAUUCAUUUAGAAAAUUUUGUGCUGUAGCUAAUUUUUCACGUAAUUUUACACCAGCUUGACAACGUUGAUAAUAUGUUGUUUUUGUUUUAAACAAACUAUUUUCAGCAUCUAACAUACGUUUUACAUCUACUUUCCAUUUGUCUUUAAGAA